AACCAACACAAGAUUAACAUAAUAAUAAUAAUUUAUAGUGUCAUAUCAACCUAUAACAACAAAAUAUUAAGUAGCAAACAACUACACGGGUCCAACGGGCCGGACCCGGGUGACCCGAGGCUUGGCCCGAACCCGAUUUAAUAAAUAACCGGAGCCAUCUAUUGAAACCUCGGGUCUGACCAGACCAUAACGAAACCGGGCCAAAUUAACCCCGAAAUCAUCGGGUCCGGUCCGGGUCUUCGGGCCGGACCGGGUCUUGUGCACCCCUACUUACAUGUAUGUAUAUAUAUGUGACAGUAAGAUUUGUAAGAGUUAAGAAAAGAAAAUAAAAAAUACUGAAGGCACUUUUUGCUUUCAAUUUUUUCUCUUUCUCGAACUGUCUAUCUCACCUUCUAUAAUCCCCUUCUUCUUCUAAUCAACAAUUGAUUUAAUCAUGGACGCAGAACACAGCAGUUUUAACAUGGUGCGGUGAGCGUUCCAUGGAUUGAAUCCUUCAUUUCUUCUCCCUUUUGUACUCCCACCUCUUGAUUUCUUCUCUUUCCUUAAACCUACACUAUAGAGUUUGAUGAGAGUUUCUCACUCCACGAUCUUGUGAUAUUACUGUGGUGAGAACUCCGAUCAACGGGAUUAAGGGAAGAAGAUUCUGAAUCGGUCAUUUACUAGAUUCAUUGAUCAAAGAUUUCAAUUCCUACUCCAAUGGAUUCCAACCACACCCCGAAUCUUGGAAGCAUCGAUCUCCAACUUUUGGCCCAAAUUAUGGCACAAAUCACUAGUAUGCAAUCCACGUCGACGAAAUCAACUGUGAGCCCUUAUCUCGAUUUGGCUAGUCCCUAUUAUUUGCAUCCAGCGGACAGUCCAGGUAACCCCUUGAUUUCUAGGGUUCUUGAUCAUCAGAAUUAUCACAGUUGGUCGCACUAUAUGUUGUUAGUGCUUAAAUCAAAGAACAAAUUGGCCUUUAUUGAUGGUACUCUCCUGAAGCCACCCAUAGAUGACCCGUUGUUUGAGGCUUAGGAUCGUUGCAAUACUUUCUCUAAGCAGUGACAUUGCUCAAAGUGUAAUGGAAAAUAGUAUAGCCAAGGAUUUAUGGCAAGAACUCAAGAAUCGAUUUUAUCAAGGGGAUGUCUUCAAGAUUGCUGGGCUCCAAGAGAAGUUAUUCUCAAUCAAGCAAGGUGAUCUGUCUGUCACUCAUUAUUUCACCAAACUCAAAGGAAUUUGGAAAGAUUUGAAAACUUUCAGACCCCUCCCACAGUGCAACUGCACACCGAAAUGCACCUGUGUCUUUGACACGGUUAGCAAUUAUCAAAAGGAUACUUUUGUGGUACGAUUCUUGAGGGGCCUCAAUGAACAAUUUGGAAGUGCUCGAUCAAACAUUAUGCUCAUGAACCCUCUUUUCUCCAUUGAUUCUGCCUAUUCAAUGAUGCUGCAAUAGGAACGGCAACUCUUGGGCACUGACAUUGCUGAGCUGAGCCCUUUGUUGAGCACUGCUUCAUCACACACUUUUCAGUCUCGAGGCAGAGGACGCGGGAGAGGCGGUCGAGGACGCAGUCUAGGUGGCAGAGGAAGUUCUAAGCUCUGUGCCUAAUGUGGUAAAACUGGACAUCUCAUCGACACUUGCUACCGCAAGCAUGGAAUGCCUCCACAUCUUAAGAAACAGAACCAAAUCAAUAAUCUCACUGCUGAGGAUGAUGAUUACGGUGAACCAAUUAGCUUGUAUGAGAAUCAGGGGGAAUCUUCACAUGCGAAGUUUACUUCAGAGCAAAAAGAUGCACUACUGGCCCUUUUGCAGCAUCAUGGAGCCAAGGUCAAUCAUAAUAUGAAUCAAGUUGCUUCAGCCAAUAACACCACUCCUGGUGAGCAUCACUAUGCUGUCAUGUCCAUUUGUUCACAGUACAAUGACUCCUGGGUCAUCGACACUGGAGCCACCAUACAUGUGACAUAUAAGUUAGAUGCAUUUGAUUCGUACCAUAAAAUCAAACCAAUAAAGUUAGAUUACCAAACAACCAAAUCAUCAUUGCAUCUAUUGUGGGUCAUGUCAUUUUCUCAAAAUCUUUAUACCUUACAAAUGUCUUAUACAUUCCAUCUUUUGUAUACAAUUUAAUUUCUGUUUCACAACUCAUUGCAUCACUUGACUGCCAAUUUGUUUUCAACAAAUUUGGUUGUGAGAUACAGGACCUUCCAACAUGGAAGAUGAUUGGAGCAACUGAUUACUCUAAUGGCUUGUAUACACUGAACACUAGCACCACCAUACAUAAUACACUUCAAUGCAGCUCACAUGACACCACGAUGCACAACACUGAACUGUGGCACCUCAGAUUGGGCCAUGUUCCUUUUAAUAAAUUGCAACUCUUACAUGAUUCGUUUCCUUCAAUUUCUAGUUCAAACUUUAAUAAAAUUGUGGCUGCAAAGCCGUGUGAUUCUUGUCAAUUUGCCAAACAAAAGAGGCUCUCUUUUUCUACUAGUCAUAGCAAAUCUAAUGCAGUGUUUGACAUUAUACACAUUGAUAUCUAGGGUCCUUUGAAUAUUCUUUCUACUGAUGGUAACAAGUAUUUUCUCACUAUAGUAGAUAACUACAGCAGAUACACUUGGAUAUUUUUUAUGAAAUUAAAAUCUGAGACAGAAAGACUGAUUAAAAACCUUGUAACCCUCAUUGAAAAUCAAAUUCACAAGACUAUAAAGUGCAUUCGGUCUGACAAUGGCAAGGAGUUCUUAAUGCAUGACUUUUAUGAAGCCAAAGGCAUAUUGCAUCAAAGGUCAUGCGUGGCAACUCUACAACAGAAUGGAAUAGUAGAACGUAAGCACCAGCACAUACUGCAGGUAGCUCGAUCCAUUCUAUUCCACUCUGCUGUCCCUAAUUGCUAUUGGGACUUUGCCGUUGCCCAUGCUAUCCAUUUGAUCAAUAGAUUGCCAAGUUCCAUCAAUAGAUUGUCAAUACGGCAUUUUUACAUGGCGAUCUGGAUGAGGAGGUUUAUAUGAGACCCCCUAAAGGCCUUCAUCUACCAAGACCGGACCUAGUCUGCAAACUCAAAAAGUCUCUCUAUGGCUUAAAACAAGCCAGCAGGCAAUGGAACGUGAAACUGACUUCAAUGUUAGUUAGUUUGGGGUACAAACAAUCCAUCAAUGAUUACUCUCUCUUUACUAAACAAUCUGCCAAGUCGUUUACUGCUGUUUUGGUUUAUGUGGAUGAUUUAAUACUGACAGGGGAUGACCAAGAUGAAAUAAGAAAAACAAAGAUGGCUCUAGACAAAGCAUUCAGCAUCAAGGACAUAGGUGAUCUCAAAUAUUUCUUAGGCUUGGAAAUAGCUAGGAGCAACAAAGAUAUCUCUGUUUGUCAAAGAAAAUAUGUCACUUAUUUGUUGAAGGACUAUGGCUUGAGUGAUGCCAAACCAGUUAGUACUCCCAUGGAGUAUACAUCAAAACUAUCCAGAUCAGCUACACCUCCAUAUGACGACAUUUCAGCAUAUUGCAGAUUGGUUGGGAGAUUGGUGUAUUUGACCACGACAAGGCCAGACAUUUGUUAUGCAGUUGGCAAGUUAAGUCAGUGUUUGGACUGCCCCACAACAUCCCACUAUCAAGCAGCGAUUCGUGUGUUGAAAUACCUCAAGAAUGCCCCCGCUACUGGCCUCAUAUUCCCUACCUCUUCCGACCUCUGUCUGAAAGGCUUUACUGAUGCUGACUGGGCAUCUUGUCCAGAUACCAGGAGGUCAAUUUCUGGGUAUUGCUUUUUUUUGGGUGAUGCUUUGGUUUCUUGGAAGAGUAAAAAGCAACCUACUGUAGCGAGGUCAUCCUCAGAAGCCGAGUAUAUAGCCAUGGCAGGUGGUGUGUGUGAGGUUCAAUGGUUGUCCUAUCUUCUACAUGAUCUUAAUAUUCCUAUUACUCAGCCCAUUCCCUUUUAUUGUGAUAACCAGUCUGCCCUUUAUAUUGCAGCGAAUCCUGUGUUUCAUGAAAGGACUAAGCACAUUGAGGUAGAUUGUCAUGUGGUGCGAGAAAGAGCUGUGUCUGGGUUAGUUAAGUUGCUACAUUUCUCAAGCAAAAAUCAAACAGCGGAUAUCUUCACCAAGGCCUUAGCACCUGGUCCUUUUCAGAAUUGUUUUAGCAAGCUAGGCCUGUUCGAUUUGUAUGCUCCUCAAUUGAGGGGGAAUGGUACCAGUGAUUUUGUUACUUGAUGAUUGACAUCUUCCUUUAUUGCAAGUUAGUGAUAUGGAAUUCUCCAUUUCUCCAACUUGAAGGGGAAUGUUAGUUAGUUAGAUGGUGUCAUAGUUAGAUUGUAGUUUUUUUUUUACUCCAAGUUGAUAUUAUGACAAUAUGCAUAACUAUCAACUUAAGGAGGAAUGUUAGUUGGAUAAUUAGCUUGUUAAUUAUAGAGAUUAGUUUGUCAUAGUUAGGUUAGUAAAAUUAGUUAUUCUCACUUACAUGUAUGUAUAUAGACAGCAAGAUUUGUAAGAGUUAAGAAAAGAAAAUGAAAAAUACUGAAGGCAAUUUUUGCCCC